UCUGAUGAUGUCAGCAUAGCGAGUCGGAAGUGUUUUCGGUGAGCGGUGAUGUGUUAAAUCACAGAGGAGGUCACUGAAACAAGACAAGGGCUCGUUCGUCGGCAUGGCGCCCAAAGGGAAGGUUGGCACAAAGGGUAAAAAGCAGAUCUUUGAAGAGAAUGCAUCGACGCUGAAGUUCUACAUGAGGGUUAUAUUGGGAGCUAAUGCAAUUUAUGUAGCAGUGAACCUCUUUCUUUUUUAUAGUUCGGCAACAUUUUGGACAUGGUGCUGGCUAGUGUUUGCGCUGGCGGUGUAUGGAGGUAGCUAUCGGUCCAUGACGGCGAUGGCGAAGCCUGCAUUCACAGAGGAUGGCAGCCUAUUGGACGGUGGGAUAGACCUGAACAUGGAGCAGGGGAUGGCAGAGCAUCUGAAGGAUGUGAUUUUACUAACAGCCAUUAUCCAAGUAUUGAGCUCCAUAUCGGCAUACUUUUGGUACCUUUGGCUUCUGGCCCCAGCCCGAGGUCUCUAUUUGCUCUGGGUGAAUUUCCUGGGCCCCUGGUUCAUGGCCGAGCCCCCUUCAGCCCCUGAGGAGGUGAACGAAAAGAAGCAGCGAAGGCAGGAGCGACGACAGAUGAAAAGAUUCUGAUUUUAUUUAUUAUUUUUAUGUUCAGUGAUUGUUUUUUAAAAUUAUUCAACAUGGGCUGAUCCCUCUCUCCAUCCCUCACACACACACACACACACACACACACACACACACACACACGUUAACAGGAAGCCAGGUUUCAGACAGUACAAGUGUUCUGCAUCAAGCACUGCUUAUCCUGCACCCCUUAUGCUUUGUAUACUUCCAAACACAAUGUUUUACAUGUUCAUUAAAACCUUACUGCAGUUUGAAAAAGUAGGAUUGUAUACCAACACACACACGCACACAAUGGAUAGAAUACACAUCCAGCUCAUGGACUCUUCCCCUGAUUCAGCUUUUAAAAGCCAUUUGUCUUGCCUGCCAGAAAACAGCUGAAAGCUAUUAAAUACAGAAUGAGAGACUGAAAGCAAAUGCAAAAUCCACCAUGCUCUGAAAACUUGGAGCUUCCUUGCAUUGAACAUGCAGUUAAGAGUGGUCUUGGAGGGUAAUGCAGAAGGGAAAGAUAUUAAAUGAAUCAGCAUUAUUAAGUGUAAGUGAGUCAUUCGUGGUUAAUGUGCUUAAAGUUAUGUGAGUUUAAAAGUGCACAAGGACUUGUACAUAAGCACUGUAUCUAUAAUGUCUGACAAGGUUAGGUAGCUUGACAAGGUGGUUGCCGGUCUGUGUUAAAGUAAUUUACAACCACAGCUAUUAGACGAGUAGAUGACAAAGACAACGUGAUAAAACUGCAGCAGGCACAUUGUUUGCAAGACUGCUUCCAGUAACAACAGACAGGGUUCUUGUGUGGGCAUUCAUUGAUAGUAAUUAAUGCCCCACCGUCGGACAGCAGGGUGUCUGUACUGCAGUAGCAGGUUAUAUACGUCGUGUACUAGCAAACGAUAAAUACUGCUUUUGCAUUUUAUGUAAACACGUACAGUAAUUGGGUUUAGUUCCAUUCUGGACAGCAUGGCCAUUGUGAUGUUACAGAUUUGGGCUGGUCAAAUGAAAAUGCUAAGAAGGAUGCAGGUUCAAGUAUAACUCCAUACAAAAAAAGAAAGAAAAAUGUUCAGUACUUAGACAAUCGUGAACAAAAAAAAAAAACGUGUUAAACUGAGCUUCUUCAACAUUGCCUGCUCACGUGUACUGUCAUAAUGUAAAUAAAAACAAACUUUCAUUAAAA